GUCUACCGCUGAUACCUCCCUCCUCCAGGUCAGCCCCCACAGCAGAGCUAUGUCCCAGUCCUUUGAGAACCUGCUAGAUGAUGCCACCUUCGGACUUAUUACGGUACAACCUGCACACCCUAGUCUACACCUGCCUCACACGGUAACUACACCUGACUCACACGGUAACUACACCUGACUCACACGGUAACUACACCUGUCUCACACGGUAACUACACCUGUCUCACACGGUAACUACACCUGACUCACACGGUAACUACACCUGACUCACACGGUAACUACACCUGACUCACACGGUAACUACACCUGCCUCACACGGUAACUACACCUGUCUCACACGGUAACUACACCUGACUCACACGGUAACUACGCCUAUCUCACACGGUAACUACACCUGUCUCACACGGUAACUACACCUGACUCACACGGUAACUACACCUGCCUCACACGGUAACUACACCUGCCUCACACGGUAACUACACCUGUCUCACACGGUAACUACACCUGUCUCAUACGGUAACUACACCUAUCUCACACGGUAACUACACCUGACUCACACGGUAACUACACCUGACUCACACGGUAACUACACCUGCCUCACACGGUAACUUCACCUGCCUCACACGGUAACUACACCUGCCUCACACGGUAACUACACCUGUCUCACACGGUAACUACACCUGUCUCACACGGUAACUACACCUGUCUCACACGGUAACUACACCUGUCUCACACGGUAACUACACCUGUCUCACACGGUAACUACACCUGUCUCACACGGUAACUACACCUGUCUCACACGGUAACUACACCUGUCUCACACGGUAACUACACCUGUCUCACACGGUAACUACACCUGUCUCACACGGUAACUACACCUGUCUCACACGGUAACUACACCUGACUCACACUCACACACUGCUGCCCCUAUCUCACCCACUGCUGCCCCUAUCUCACCCACUGCUGCCCCUAUCUCACCCACUGCUGCCCUAUCUCACCCACUGCUGCCCUUAUCUCACCCACUGCUGCCCCUAUCUCACCCACUGCUGCCCCUAUCUCACCCACUGCUGCCCCUAUCUCACCCACUGCUGCCCCUAUCUCACCCACUGCUGCCCCUAUCUCACCCACUGCUGCCCCUAUCUCACCCACUGCUGCCCCUAUCUCACCCACUGCUGCCCCUAUCUCACACAAUACAGUCCAUGCCUGCUUCACGCACUAGCAAUGCUCUCUAAUGUAGUCCAUGCCUUCACCCCUCCACCUCCCAGACUCUAUAUGGUCUCCUAUCACUCUCUAUAAGAUUCCUCCCAGCCUCUAUAAGGACUCCUCCCAGCCUCUAUACGUUCUCCUCCCAGCCUCUAUACGUUCUCCUCCCAGCCUCUAUACGUUCUCCUCCCAGCCUCUAUACGUUCUCCUCCCAGCCUCUAUACGUUCUCCUCCCAGCCUCUAUACGUUCUCCUCCCAGCCUCUAUAACGUCUCCUCCCAGCCUCUAUACCGUCUCCUCCCAGCCUCUAAACUGUCUCCUCCCAGCCUCUAAACUGUCUCCUCCCAGCCUUUAGACUUGCUCCUCUCAGCCUCUAUACCGUCUCCUCCCAGUCUCUAAACUGUCUCCUCCCAGCCUCUAGACUGCAUCCUCCCAGCCUCUCUUCCCAGUCUCUAUACCGUCUCCUCCCAGCCUCUAUACUGUCUCCUCCCAGCCUCUAUACUGUCUCCUCCCAGCCUCUAUACCGUCUCCUCCCAGCCUGUCCUCCCAGCCUCUAGACUGUCUCCUCCUGGACUUACUCCUCCCAACCUCUAGACUCUCCUCCCAGCCUCUAUACCGUCUCCUCCCAGCCUGUCCUCCCAACCUCUAGACUCUCCUCCCAGCCUCUAUACUGUCUCCUCCCAGCCUCUAUACUGUCUCCUCCCAGCCUCUAUACUGUCUCCUCCCAGCCUCUAUACCGUCUCCUCCCAGCCUGUCCUCCCAGCCUCUAGACUGUCUCCUCCUGGACUUACUCCUCCCAACCUCUAGACUCUCCUCCCAGCCUCUAUACUGUCUCCUCCCAGCCUCUAGACUGCAUCCUCCCAGUCUCUAGACUGUCUCCUCCCAGCCUCUAUACCGUCUCCUCCCAGCCUCUAUACUGUCUCCUCCCAGCCUCUAGACUGCUUCCUCCCAGCCUCUAGACUGUCUCCUCCCAGUCUCUAUACCGUCUCCUCCCAGCCUCUAUACUGUCUCCUCCCAGCCUCUAGACUGCAUCCUCCCAGUCUCUAGACUGUCUCCUCCCAGCCUCUAUACCGUCUCCUCCCAGUCUCUAGACUGCUUCCUCCCAGCCUCUAGACUGCUUCCUCCCAGACUCUCCUCCCAGCCUCUAGACUGCUUCCUCCCAGACUCUCCUCCCAGCCUCUAGACCGUCUCCUCCCAGACUCUAAACUUCUCCUCCCAGCCUCUAGACCGUCUCCUCCCAGGCUCUAAACUGUCUCCUCCCAGCCUCUAGACUGCAACCUCCCAGACUCUACUCCCAGCCUCUAGACCGUCUCCUCCCAGACUCUAAACUUCUCCUCCCAGCCUCUAGACUGCUUCCUCCCAGACUCUCCUCCCAGCCUCUAGACCGUCUCCUCCCAGACUCUAAACUUCUCCUCCCAGGCUCUAGACCGUCUCCUCCCAGGCUCUAAACUGUCUCCUCCCAGCCUCUAGACUGCUUCCUCCCAGACUCUCCUCCCAGGCUCUAUACUCUGUCUCUUCCCAGUCUCUCCUCCCAGCCUCUAUACUGUCCUCUCAUCCUCUAUACUGUCUCAGGGUUCACAGAACAACUCAAUGGUGUUAUUUAAAUGAGUUUAUUCUGAACGGGGCAGUGACUUAAUAAGAGCAGCACAUUUUGUUAGUUUGUUUUAUGAGGCCUCUCUGAAGGCCUUGGUAGGAGAAAUGGGCUGUCCCCCAAAUGGCACCCUAUUCCCUUUAUAGUCCAUAGGGCUCUGGUCAAAAGUAGUGCACUAUGUAGGGUAUAGGGUGCCAUUUGGGACUCUUGGAUAGGGGAUAAUACAGGAUGGAGGUAUGGGGGUUACAGGGGGGAGGGUACAUGCUCUGGGUAGGGGAUCACUGGAUAAUACAGGAUGGAGGUAUGGGGGUUACAGGGGGGAGGGUACAUGCUCUGGGUAGGGGAUCACUGGAUAAUACAGGAUGGAGGUAUGGGGGUUACAGGGGGGAGGGUACAUGCUCUGGGUAGGGGAUCACUGGAUAAUACAGGAUGGAGGUAUGGGGGUUACAGGGGGAGGGUACAUGCUCUGGGUAGGGGAUCACUGGAUAAUACAGGAUGGAGGUAUGGGGGUUACAGGGGGGAGGGGUACAUGCUCUGGGUAGGGGAUCACUGGAUAAUACAGGAUGGAGGUAUGGGGGUUACAGGGGGGAGGGUACAUGCUCUGGGUAGGGGAUCACUGGAUAAUACAGGAUGGGGGUUACAGGGGGGAGGGUACAUGCUCUGGGUAGGGGAUCACUGGAUAAUACAGGAUGGAGGUAUGGGGGUUACAGGGGGGAGGGGUACAUGCUCUGGGUAGGGGAUCACUGGAUAAUACAGGAUGGAGGUAUGGGGGUUACAGGGGGGAGGGUACAUGCUCUGGGUAGGGGAUCACUGGAUAAUACAGGAUGGGGGUUACAGGGGGGAGGGUACAUGCUCUGGGUAGGGGAUCACUGGAUAAUACAGGAUGGAGGUAUGGGGGUUACAGGGGGGAGGGUACAUGCUCUGGGUAGGGGAUCACUGGAUAAUACAGGAUGGAGGUAUGGGGGUUACAGGGGGGAGGGUACAUGCUCUGGGUAGGGGAUCACUGGAUAAUACAGGAUGGAGGUAUGGGGGUUACAGGGGGGAGGGUACAUGCUCUGGGUAGGGAAUCACUGGAUAAUACAGGAUGGAGGUAUGGGGGUUACAGGGGGGAGGGUACAUGCUCUGGGUAGGGGAUCACUGGAUAAUACAGGAUGGAGGUAUGGGGGUUACAGGGGGGAUGGUACAUGCUCUGGGUAGGGGAGCAUGAGCUAAUAAACUUUGUACGCCAUCAGCACCAGGCUACAUUGGCUAGCUGGCAGAGGGAAGAGUUCGCGGGAGUUUUUUAGGUCGGCUCAGGGACUUUUAAUUGCAUAUCAUUUAUCUAUUGUCCAUCUCGUUGACAUUUUGUAAUAAAAAGCAUUUGUUUGCUUCAAAUAGAACCUCCGUCAGCGCAGGUCUUAGUGUUAUGCUUUAUAGUUAAAAGGGGUCCGUCCCUCUGCUCUCUCCAAACCGAUGGGCACGUUUUUUAACGGCGUCUGGUAAUGCAUUGUGGGUGGAUAAUAGGUCUAACUGUAUUGUCACUUUGUUUUAGAUCCCGGCUGCAUUAUGGAAUAGCAACGAUAUCUCAUAGACAUUAGCCUGGCUGCGAGGCUGCCUGGCUGCGUGAGAGUGCUGUCUCGUUAUCGUUAAGCUUCAGGGUGCCUUCCUCCCGCCCCAGCUCUCCUCUCCUACCGUAUUACAGUAUUACAGGAGCCAUUUAGUAAAGCAGGGAUUGUGGAGGGGAGGCUAAUGAGCCUUGACUUGCUAAUAACAUUGGGUGGCCUCUCUUCACAAAGGGGUUAACGCUGCUGGAAAAUUGUUUUCUAAUGUGACUCAAAAAAAUCCAAUUGCAAAGAUGAAUGACCAGCGUCUCAGCCUGCCGGUAACCAACGCCAGGAGAAAUAGAUUGGCCCCUUUUUGUAACGGCUUUGAUUCUCAUGGUUCUUUUGUAGAGAGUAAAACAGUAGGCCUUAAAAAGCAUUAGCUUUCUGGGUGAUGUGAUAUUGUAGGCUUUUACUUCUUCAUAGUAAGAGUACUCAGUCUGGAGAGUUGAAGGUGUUUCAGGUGGGGGCCGGGGGAUGGGACUUGGUUGUGAAUCUGAGACGAUGACCGAAGCUGUUGUGCUCUUGAGAUACUUUCCCCAUUUGCUUCUGAUGAAAAUCUAAAGUAAAAACGUGUUGUAGACUAUAUAAAGAUGAGACAUGUUUGGUGCAGUAAGUCAUCUUGCUGUGGGCACUUCCAAAGGUAACAUUUCACACCUACGAUUAGGUGAAAAUAGCAUAGCGAAAAUAAGCUCAUCACUUCCUGGGCUUGCCAUCUUUAAAGUCUUAAUAGUGAGACUACAGUUAAACUAAAUGUCUGGUGCCACACCGUUACCAAUGACUUCUUUCAUGACCCGUAUCUUUCCUGUCUUCCCAACCCUCUCUGCCUUUUCCCUCUCCUCUCCACCCUCUUUCCCCAUCUCCCCCCCCCCUCUCUCCCCCACCUCCCCAACAGAGGUUUACUCAGGACCCAGUCACCGCUACGCUGGGAGGUUUCUCCAAGGUGACCAACUACCUGUUUGAUGCGUUCCGGGGUCCAGACACGGAGCUACCGGAGCAGAGGCCUGUCGGGGAGGUGGCUGACCCGCUGAAUGAGGUCAUACCUGGGCUGGACAUCAACCAGCAGGAGGAACCUGGCUUUGAGGUCAUCACCAGGGUGAGUCAGAGUGGACACACACACACACACACACACACACACACACACACCUGUCUUGGCGAUAAAGACCAGGGUAAGUCAGGCAGGCCUAGGAAACACACACAGGUGAACAGAUCUAACACAGGUUUAAGGUCUCCAGAACCACAUCAAUGUGAUCUACUGUAGCAAUCUUCUGAGAUGUGAAGCAUGGCUGCUUACUGCCUAGUGCCGACCUGUCUCACUGGCUAGAUCAGACUUUCAGCCAGGACCGGUGCAGACUGGCUAGAUGGGACUCUCAGCCAGGACCAGUGCAGACUGGUUAGAUGGGACUCUCAGCCAGGACCAAUGCAGACUGGCUAGAUGGGACUCUCAGCCAGGACCGGUGCUUACUGGCUAGAUGGGACUCUCAGCCAGGACCGGUGCAGACUGGCUAGAUGGGACUCUCAGCCAGGACCGGUGCAGACUGCCUAGAUGGGACUUUCAGCCAGGACCGGUGCAGACUGCCUAGAUGGGACUCUCAGCCAGGACCAGUGCGGACCGGCUAGAUGGGACUCUCAGCCAGGACCAGUGCGGACCGGCUAGAUGGGACUCUCAGCCAGGACUGGUGCAGACUGGCUUGAUGGGACUCUCAGCCAGGACCAGUGCAGACUGGUUAGAUGGGACUCUCAGCCAGGACCAAUGCAGACUGGCUAGAUGGGACUCUCAGCCAGGACCAGUACGGACUGGCUAGAUGGGACUCUCAGCCAGGACCAGUGCAGACUAGAUGGGGCUCUCAGCCAGGACCAGUGCAGACUGGUUAGAUGGGACUCUCAGCCAGGACCAAUGCAGACUAGCUAGAUGGGACUCUCAGCCAGGACCAGUGCAUACUGGCUAGAUGGGACUCUCAGCCAGGACCGGUGCAGACUGGCUAGAUGGGACUCUCAGCCAGGACCAGUGCAGACUGGUUAGUUGGGACUCUCAGCCAGGACCAAUGCAGACUGGCUAGAUGGGACUCUCAGCCAGGACCAGUGCAGACUGGCUAGAUGGGACUCUCAGCCAGGACCAGUGCAGACUGGUUAGAUGGGACUCUCAGCCAGGACCAGUGCAGACUGGCUAGAUGGGACUCUCAGCCAGGACCAGUGCUGACCGGCUAGAUGGGACUCUCAGCCAGAAGUUCCCCUUUUCCCCACACACCCCUCUCCCGUCCCGCUCCAGUGCACCAGGAGGUUGUGGUAACAGCCACCCAGGUCCUCUCUAAUUGCCUCUCUGUUUUAAUUAGAAGUGACCCUCUGCUCUCAGCGUUGCCAAGGCAACCUGCGCUGCUAGCUAGCCUCCUCUCCUCUCCACAGGGGUGGUUGAGUGUGAUGAUGGAUGACGUGUUUGGCUAAACAUAGAAAUCGUUACCACACACAACCCAAACAGUGGAACAACCCACACAGUGGAACAACCCACACAGUGUAAUGGCACACAGAGUGGAACGGUAAAAUGUCACACUUGCUGUGCUUCUCAGAAACUACUGGGAAUGAGAAAUCCACUUAAACAUGUUGUUUGAACUCUAUAGUCCAGAGUGGGGACAUCAGUAGGUCUAUAGUCCAGAGUGGGGACAUCAGUAGGUCUAUAGUCCAGAGUGGGGACAUCAGUAGGUCUAUAGUCCAGACAUCAGUAGGUCUAUAGUCCAGAGUGGGGACAUCAGUAGGUCUGUAGUCCAGAGUGGGGACAUCAGUAGGUCUAUAGUCCAGAGUGGGGACAUCAGUAGGUCUAUAGUCCAGAGUGGGGACAUCAGUAGGUCUAUAGUCCAGAGUGGGGACAUCAGUAGGUCUAUAGUCCAGAGUGGGGACAUCAGUAGGUCUGUAGUCCAGAGUGGGGACAUCAGUAGGUCUAUAGUCCAGAGUGGGGACAUCAGUGGGUCUAUAGUCCAGAGUGGGGACAUCAGUAGGUCUAUAGUCCAGAGUGGGGACAUCAGUGGGUCUAUAGUCCAGAGUGGGGACAUCAGUGGGUCUAUAGUCCAGAGUGGGGACAUCAGUGGGUCUAUAGUCCAGAGUGGGGACAUCAGUAGGUCUAUAGUCCAGAGUGGGGACAUCAGUAGGUCUAUAGUCCAGAGUGGGGACAUCAGUGGGUCUAUAGUCCAGAGUGGGGACAUCAGUAGGUCUAUAGUCCAGAGUGGGGACAUCAGUAGGUCUAUAGUCCAGAGUGGGGACAUCAGUAGGUCUAUAGUCCAGAGUGGGGACAUCAGUAGGUCUAUAGUCCAGACAUCAGUAGGUCUAUAGUCCAGAGUGGGGACAUCAGUAGGUCUGUAGUCCAGAGUGGGGACAUCAGUAGGUCUAUAGUCCAGAGUGGGGACAUCAGUAGGUCUAUAGUCCAGAGUGGGGACAUCAGUAGGUCUAUAGUCCAGAGUGGGGACAUCAGUGGGUCUGUAGUCCAGAGUGGGGACAUCAGUAGGUCUAUAGUCCAGAGUGGGGACAUCAGUGGGUCUAUAGUCCAGAGUGCGGACAUCAGUAGGUCUAUAGUCCAGAGUGGGGACAUCAGUAGGUCUAUAGUCCAGAGUGGGGACAUCAGUGGGUCUGUAGUCCAGAGUGGGAACAUCAGUAGGUCUAUAGUCCAGAGUGGGGACAUCAGUGGGUCUAUAGUCCAGAGUGCGGACAUCAGUGGGUCUAUAGUCCAGAGUGGGGACAUCAGUAGGUCUAUAGUCCAGAGUGGGGACAUCAGUGGGUCUGUAGUCCAGAGUGGGGACAUCAGUGGGUCUAUAGUCCAGAGUGGGGACAUCAGUGGGUCUAUAGUCCAGAGUGGGGACAUCAGUGGGUCUGUAGUCCAGAGUGGGGACAUCAGUGGGUCUGUAGUCCAGAGUGGGGACAUCAGUAGGUCUAUAGUCCAGAGUGGGGACAUCAGUAGGUCUAUAGUCCAGAGUGGGGACGUUGUUUCUAGACACCAGCCAUAUGCCUCCAUUACCUCCUCCUGGUUCUAAUAACUAUCUUCACUACAGUGCACCAUCACCACCUCCUGGUUCUAAUAACUAUCUUCACUACAGUGCACCAUCACCUCCUCCUGGUUCUAAUAACUAUCUUCACUACAGCGCUCCAUCACCUCCUCCUGGUUCUAAUAACUAUCUUCACUACAGUGCACCAUCACCUUCUCCUGGUUCUAAUAACUAUCUUCACUACAGUGCUCCAUCACCUCCUCCUGGUUCUAAUAACUAUAUUCACUACAGUGCACCAUCACCUCCUCCUGGUUCUAAUAACUAUCUUCACUACAGUGCACCAUCACCUCCUCCUGGUUCUAAUAACUAUCUUCACUACAGUGCACCAUCACCUCCUCCUGGUUCUAAUAACUAUCUUCACUACAGUGCUCCAUCACCUCCUCCUGGUUCUAAUAACUAUCUUCACUACAGUGCACCAUCACCUUCUCCUGGUUCUAAUAACUAUCUUCACUACAGUGCACCAUCACCUCCUCCUGGUUCUAAUAACUAUCUUCACUACAGUGCACCAUCACCUCCUCCUGGUUCUAAUAACUAUCUUCACUACAGUGCUCCAUCACCUCCUCCUGGUUCUAAUAACUAUAUUCACUACAGUGCACCAUCACCUCCUCCUGGUUCUAAUAACUAUCUUCACUACAGUGCACCAUCACCUCCUCCUGGUUCUAAUAACUAUCUUCACUACAGUGCACCAUCACCUCCUCCUGGUUCUAAUAACUAUCUUCAAUACAGUGCACCAUCACCUCCUCCUGGUUCUAAUAACUAUCUUCACUACAGUGCACCAUCACCACCUCCUGGUUCUAAUAACUAUCUUCACUACAGUGCACCAUCACCUCCUCCUGGUUCUAAUAACUAUAUUCACUACAGUGCACCAUCACCUCCUCCUGGUUCUAAUAACUAUCUUCACUACAGUGCACCAUCACCUCCUCCUGGUUCUAAUCUUCCAUCUAAAUAAAGAUAACAAUUCACUGUCUUGGUCGGGCUGUUAUAAUAUUUAAUAAGAACAAUAAUAAUAUAUGCCGUGAGGCGGCAGGUAGCCUAGCGGUUAAGAGCAUUGGGCCAGUAACCGAAAGGUCGCUGGUUCGAAUCCCAGAGCUGGCAAGAUGGACAUAUCUGCUGUUCUGCCUUUGAGCAAGGCAGUUAACCCCCAACAACAACUGCUCCCAGAGCGCCGAUGACGUGGACGUUGAUUAAGGCAGCCCCCCGCGCCUCUCUGAUUCAGAGGGGUUGGGUUAAACGAGGAAGACACAUUUUGGUUGAAUGCAUUCAUUUGUGCUAGCUGACUAGGUCUCCCCUUUCAACACCAGGACUGUUUUCCUCAGCUGACUAGGUAUGCCCUUUCCCAUUUAGCAGAUGCUUUUAUCCAAACAGACUUAGUCAUGUGUGCAUACAUUUAACGUUUGGGAGGCUCCAGUGAAAAUCGAACCCACGACCCUUGGCGUUGUAAGCACCAUGUGUCCUCAAUCUACCUGGUUAAAUAAAGGUUGAUCAAUUAUUUAAAUAUGUCUGUGGUGAGUAAAUAAAUUGGACCUCUAUCUCGCUCUCUCUCUCACACACACACACACACACACACACACACACAGUUCGAUUGGCUGAUGAUGCAGAGUGUAACCUCUGAGUCGAGGAGGAAUGCAACGCACGCCAGAUUUUAAUUAGAUUUUGAUUACAUGAACCUCCUGUCUGGUCACUUUAUUACCAUGUGGAAAUCAUUAGAAAAGAGAGAGAAAAGAUCAAUAGUGUAAAUAUGCUACUUUACCUUUUAAAACAACCUCUGUAUAUAGAGCAACCCUAUACAAAGUUGGUCAGAUAUUUGAGUCUUUUCAAUGUGAGGUUAAUCAAUGUGUCUGUCUUUCUAGUGGAUAGUACACCUUCGCUUUUUCCACAUUUUGUUAUGUUACAGCCUUAUUCUAAAAUGGAUUAAAUACAAAAUGUUCCUCAUCAAUCUACACACAAAAGCCCAUAAUGACAAAGCGAAAACAGGUUUUUAGAAAUUUUUGCAAAUGUAUUAAAAAAACAGAAAUACUUUAUUUACAUAAGUAUUCAGACCCUUUGCUAUGAGACUCGAAAUUGAGCUCAGGUGCAUCCUGUUUCCAUUGAUCAUCCUUGAGAUGUUUCUACAACUUGAUUGGAGUCCACCUGUGGUAAAUUCAAUUGAUUGGACAUGAUUUGGAAAGGCACACACACCUGUCUAUAUAAGGUCCCAUAGUUGACAGUGCAUGUCAGAGCAAAAACCAGCCCGCUUGGAGUUUGCCAAAAGGCACCUAAAGGACUCUCAGACCAUGAGAAACAAGAUUCUCUGGUCUGAUGAAACCAAGCUUGAACUCUGAGCCUGAAUGCCAAGCGUCUGAAGGAAACCUGGCACCAUCCCUACGGUGAAGCAUGGUGGUGGCAGCAUCAUGUUGUGCGGAUGUUUUUCAGCGGCAGGGACUGGGAUGCUAGCCAAGAUUGAGAGAAAGAUGAACGGAGCAAAGUACAGAGAGAUCCUUGAUGGAAAACCUGCUCCAGAGCGCUCAGGACCUCAGAUUGGGGCAAAGAUUCACCUUCCAACAGGACAAAGACACUAUGCACACAGCCAAGACAAUGCAGGAGUGGCUUCGGGACAAGUCUCUGAAUGUCCUUGAGUGGCCCAGCCAGAGCCCGGACUUGAACCUGAUCGAACAUCUCUGGAUAGACCUGAAAAUAGCUUUGCAGCGAUGCUCCCCAUCCAACCAGACAGAGCUUAAGAGGAACUGCAGAGAAGAAUGGGAGAAACUCCCCAAAUACAGGUGUGCCAAGCUUGUAGUGUCAUACCCAAGAAGACUCAAGGCUGUAAUCGCUGCCAAAGGUGCUUCAACAAAGUACUGAGUAAAGGGUCUGAAUACUUAUGUAAAUGUGAUAUUUCUAAAAACCUGUUUUUGCUUUGUCAUUAUGGGGUAUUGUGUGUUGAUUGAUGAGGGACAUUUUUUACAAUUUUAAAUCAAUUUUAUAAUAAGGCUGUAACGUAACAAAAUGUGGAAAAAGUAAAUGGGUCUGAAUACUUUCCAAAGGCACUGUGUAUAUAGAAGCUUUGUGGGCUCUUGUUCUGUUUAUACAACCCACAACUUCAGCCAAAUAUUUUCACUGCCAUGAGAAAAGUUAUUCCUAAAUCUCUGCCUAGUUAUUUACACAAUGGAGGUGUAACAAAAGAGGCCAUCUUGUGUGUUGGCUGGCUGGAUGUUGGCUAGUUAUGGUGCUGGGAAGGCGCACACACACGCACACAAACUUCACUGCUUAUCACAAAGCUCAUGAAUUAUUGACUCCUAUUCCCCCCCCCCACCCCACCCUCCUCUCCCCCCUUAUCAGCCCGGUCCCCAUGGAAACAGCUCCCCCCCCUUCUUAGCUUAGGAUUUAGUUAGUCUUGUCUUUCUCCCUGGCUGAACCCACUUCUUCUAUCUCUCUCUACCUCUCUGAGCAGAACUGUUCAAUUGGCUUGAGUGGGUAAAUCAGGACAGACUGUAUUAGCUACAGUGUUGUACCAGGUUGAUGAUGGCCUGGCGAACAGAGCGUCACACAGCUGUCAACUGGACGUUUGUGUAGGCCUGGCUGCAUACUGUACGGGACACAUAGUUUAUCUAUGAAACACAUAUUCACAUACACACAUACAUUGGAAAUAGCGAUUUUAAAAUGAUUUACAUUUAAACGGCCACCACGUAAUGAGCGUUGCAGCCAGAGCUUGGGGUUUUAUUGGAUUUCCACGGGGUCGUGACCCUCAUGAGUUACACGAUGGAUUUGACCCCCCCUUACUCUAACCCUGACACCCAUGACCCUAACCCUGCUUCUCCCCAUCUCUUCUCAGAGAUUGUUUUGUCUCCCGUCUUCUUUCUCUCUGAAGCAACAGCUGGAAGUAAAUGUCUGAGUUUGAACUGGAGUAGCUCUGUUAGGCCUGUUUGUUAAUGUUACUUACUGUAGGGCUGUGGGAAUAACAGCUGUCUGUCUCUCCUCUCUUAUUUUCUCUGUCUCUCUCUGUCUCUCUCUCUCUCUGUCUCUCUCUCUCUCUCUCUCUGUCUCUCUCUCUCUCUCUGUCUCUCUCUCUCUCUCUCUCUGUCUCUCUCUCUCUCUCUCUCUCUCUCUCUGUCUCUCUGUCUCUCUGUCUCUCUCUCUCUCUCAAUUCAAUAAAUGCUUUAUUGACAUGAAUGGGUGGUUGCCACUGUUGCCAAAGCAAUGUAUGUGAAGUAUUACAAAUGAACAAUAUGUUUGAGCAACAAUAAUAAUAUCAACAAAUACAAUUAUAUGUGGAGAAUAAUUCACCACAAAGAAACAAACAACAAUUAAGAAAGUAAAUCUAGAAGGGCUCUAAUAUUAUGACAGGUCAGGACAUAAUCUGUAACUAGAUCUAUUGUCUCUAAUAUUAUGACAGGUCAGGACAUAAUCUGUAGCUAGAUCUAUUGUCUCUAAUAUUAUGACAGGUCAGGACAUAAUCUGCAGCUAGAUCUAUUGUCUCUAAUAUUAUGACAGGUCAGGACAUAAUCUGUAACUAGAUCUAUUGUCUCUAAUAUUAUGACAGGUCAGGACAUAAUCUGUAACUAGAUCUAUUGUCUCUAAUAUUAUGACAGGUCAGGACAUAAUCUGUAACUAGAUCUAUUGUCUCUAAUAUAAUGACAGGUCAGGACAUAAUCUGUAACUAGAUCUAUUGUCUCUAAUAUUAUGACAGGUCAGGACAUAAUCUGUAACUAGAUCUAUUGUCUCUAAUAUUAUGACAGGUCAGGACAUAAUCUGCAGCUAGAUCUUCUGUCUACGUUUUUAUCCUAACAAAAUGGAGAUUUUCUCCUCAACAGGCAGUUCAAGAAAUCCUGCAAUUCAUUCUUUACAUUCCAGGAGGUAAAUACCUCUGAGUCACAUGUGGAGUAGGAAGGGCUGGUCCUCCUGUACGUCACCUGACUCACAGUGCUGACAUAGUCUUUCUUCUCUGACCUUCCAUGUUUUUCUAUGGCGUCCUGUCUUUAUGGCCAGGCUAUGGUCACAGAGUCUGUACAUUGUUAAUGUCUUCCUUUGUUUGAAUUCUUUGAUUUUGACAAGGUGUUGUGCUAAUUUGAUAUCUCUAUUUAGAAUUUGGUAACAUAUUUGUUAGAAUUUCUCUCUCUCUCUCUCACUCCCCUCCCUCCCUGCCUCUCUCUAUAGUGUGUUAUUGACGGAGCAGUAGCAUGCGUCGUUAAUGCAGUAUUUCCAUACUCUCCCUAUCUGUCCUCUCCUGGUAGAUUGAUCUUGGCGUGCGGCCAGCGGUCCGGCGUAGGGAGCCUGUUGGGGCGGAGGAGUGGAACACCAACAUGGACCCUGAGGGACGCAUGAGGAACGUCUCACACCUCAAACAGACCAUAUUCAAAGGGGUAAGGAACCAACUAAAUACAGCAUGGUAACAUACUGAAACACCAGGAACCAACUAAAUACAGCAUGAUAACAUACUGAAACACCAGGAACCAACUAAAUACAGCAUGAUAACAUACUGAAACACCAGGAACCAACUAAAUACAGCAUGGUAACAUACUGAAACACCAGGAACCAACUAAAUACAGCAUGGUAACGUACUGAAACACCAGGAACCAACUAAAUACAGCAUGGUAACGUACUGAAACACCAGGAACCAACUAAAUACAGCAUGGUAACAUACUGAAACCCCAGGAACCAACUAAAUACAGCAUGAUAACAUACUGAAACACCAGGAACCAACUAAAUACAGCAUGGUAACAUACUGAAACACCAGGAACAACCUAAUACGAGCAUGGUAACAUACUGAACACCAGGAACCAACUAAAUACGCAUGGUACAUACUGAAACACCAGGAACCAACUAAAUACAGCAUGGUAACAUACUGAAACACCAGGAACCAACUAAUACAGCAUGGUACAUACUGAAACACCAGGAACCAACUAAAUACAGCAUGAUAACAUACUGAAACACCAGGAACCAACUAAAAUACAGCAUGGGUAACAUACUGAACCCCAGGAACCAACUAAAUACAGCAUGGUAACAUACUGAAACACCAGGAACCAACUAAAUACAGCAUGGUAACAUACUGAAACACCAGGAACCAACUAAAUACAGCAUGGUAACAUACUGAAACACCAGGAACCAACUAAAUACAGCAUGUAACAUACUGAAACCAGGAACCAACUAAAUACAGCAUGGUAACAUACUGAAACACCAGGAACCAACUAAAUACAGCAUGGUAACAUACUGAAACACCAGGAACCAACUAAAUACAACAUGAUAACAUACUGAAACACCAGGAACCAACUAAAUACAGCAUGGUAACAUAAUGAAACACCAGGAACCAACUAAAUACAGCAUGAUAUAACAUACUGAAACACCAGGAACCAACUAAAUACAGCAUGGUAACAUACUGAAACACCAGGAACCAACUAAAUACAGCAUGGUAACAUACUGAAACACCAGGAACAACUAAAUACAGCAUGGUAACAUACUGAAACACCAGGAACCAACUAAAUACAGCAUGAUAACAUACUGAAACACCAGGAACCAACUAAAUACAGCAUGGUAACAUACUGAAACACCAGGAACAACUAAAUACAGCAUGAUAACAUACUGAAACACCAGGAACCAACUAAAUACAGCAUGGUAACAUACUGAAACACCAGGAACCAACUAAAUACAGCAUGGUAACAUACUGAAACACCAGGAACCAACUAAAUACAGCAUGGUAACAUACUGAAACACCAGGAACCAACUAAAUACAGCAUGAUAACAUACUGAAACACCAGGAACCAACUAAAUACACAUGGUAACAUACUGAAACACCAGGAACCAACUAAAUACAGCAUGAUAUAACAUACUGAAAACACCAGGAACCAACUAAAUACAGCAUGGUAACAUACUGAAACACCCAGGAACCAACUAAAUACAGCAUGAUAACAUACUGAAACACCAGGAACCAACUAAAUACAAGCAUGGUAACAUACUGAAACACCAGGAACCAACUAAAUACAAGCAUGGUAACAUACUGAAACCACCAGGAACCAACUAAAUAACAGCAUUGAUAACAUAAUGAAACACACCAGGCAACCAACUAAAUACAACAUGUAACAUACUGAAACACCAGGAACCAACUAAAUACAGCAUGAUAACAUACUGAAACACCAGGAACCACUAAAUACAGCAUGGUAACAUACUGAAAACACCAGUAACCAACUAAAUACAAGCAUGAUAACAUACUGAAACACCAGGAACCAACUAAUACAACAUGAUAACAUACUGAAACACCAGAACCAACUAAAUACAGCAUGGAUAACAUACUGAAAACACCAGGAACCAACCUAAAUACAGCAUGGAUAACAUACUGAAACAACCAGGAACCAACUAAAUACAGCAUGGUAACAUACUGAAACACCAGGAACCAACUAAAUACAGCAUGAUAACAUACUGAAACACCAGGAACCAACUAAAUACAGCAUGAUAACAUACUGAAACACCAGGAACCAACUAAAUACAAGCAUGGUAAACAUACUGAAACACCAGGAACCAACUAAAUACAGCAUGAUAACAUACGGAAACACCGGGAACCAACUAAAUACAGCAUGGUAACAUACUGAAACACCAGGACCAACUAAAUACAGCAUGAUAACAUACUGAAACACCAGGAACCAACUAAAUACACAUGAUAACAUACUGAAACACAGGAACCAACUAAAUACAGCAUGGUAACAUACUGAAACACCAGAACCAACUAAAUACAGCAUGAUAACAUACUGAAACACCAGGAACCAACUAAAUACAGCAUGAUAACAUACUGAAACACCAGGAACCAACUAAAUACAGCAUGAUAACAUACUGAAACACCAGGAACCAACUAAAUACAGCAUGAUAACAUACUGAAACACCAGGAACCAACUAAAUACAGCAUGGUAACAUACUGAAACACCAGGAACCAACUAAAUACAGCAUGAUAACAUACUGAAACACCAGGAACCAACUAAAUACAGCAUGAUAACAUACUGAAACACCAGGAACCAACUAAAUACAGCAUGAUAACAUACUGAAACACCAGGAACCAACUAAAUACACAUGUAACAUACGAAACACCAGGAACCAACUAAAUACCAGCAUGAUAACAUUCUGAAACACCAGGAACCAACUAAAUACAGCAUGAUAACAUACUGAAACACCAGGAACCAACUAAAUACAGCAUGGUAACAUACUGAAACACCAGGAACCAACUAAAUACAGCAUGGUAACAUACUGAAACACCAGGAACCAACUAAAUACAGCAUGGUAACAUACUGAAACACCAGGAACCAACUAAAUACAACAUGAUAUAACAUACUGAAAUACAUUAUCAAACGGGUCAGUCUCUGUAUCUCAACUGAAAUAUCCUGGCAACGGAUUUUGCAAUGUUUGCAUAUUGUGGAAUUACACUUUUUCCCCAACAAAUAGGCAACACAUCCCUUUUGAAUAACACAGGUAAAUGGUCACUCUCUCCGCCUGUCACUUUGUGUAAUGCUGCCUGCUAUAACAACACUGCUCUGAAUAAGUUGAAAAACAUCCAAACAAAAUAGUAUAUUUAGUAAAUGGUGUUGCUAUUGUAAUUUAUCUACUGUUCUGUAAGAAUAUGAUUUUUAUUGUAGUGUCUGUUUUAACCAAGUAGGAUCUGUAUUGUAGAGUGUCUGUUUUAACCAAUAGGAUCUGUAUUGUAGAGUGUCUGUUUUAACCAAUAGGAUCUGUAUUGUAGAGUGUCUGUUUUAACCAAUAGGAUCUGUAUUGUAAGUGUCUGUUUUAACCAAUAGGAUCUGUAUUGUAGAGUGUCUGUUUUAACCAAUAGGAUCUGUAUUGUAGAGUGUCUGUUUUAACCAGACAUGAAUAGGAUCUGUAUUGUAGAGUGUCUGUUUUAACCAAUAGGAUCUGUAUUGUAGAGUGUCUGUUUUAACCAAUAGAUCUGUAUUGUAGAGUGUCUGUUUUAACCAAUAGGAUCUGUAUUGUAGAGUGUCUGUUUUAACCCAAUAGGAAAGAUGUCUGUUUAAUAGGAUUUGUAGAGUGUCUGUUUAACCAGACAUAAGGAUCUGUAUUGUAGAGUGUCUGUUUUAACCUAGACUUUAGGUGCGUUUACAAUAUGUCUAUUUAGAGUGUGUUACUAGGAUCUGUAUUGUAGAGUGUCUGUUUUAACCAAUAGGGUCUGUAUUGUAGUGUCUGUUUCACACUUGAGUCACCACAUCCUGAGAUUUGUAUCCCCUGUAGCCACAGAGGUAGCCCUAGACACACACACACGCACACACCCUCUGCUGUUAAUUAAGAGAGCAGCAACAGCACAAAUCCAGCACUGCUUUUAAUGCUGUUCCUUCAUAUACUGUUCAUCCUUCACAGAGCUUGCUACAGUAACUCCUCAAUAUGUUCAUCCUUCACAGAGCUAGCUACAGUAUCUCCUCAAUACUGUUCAUCCUUCACAGAGCUAGCUACAGUAUCUCCUCAAUACUGUCCAUCCUUCACAGAGCUAGCUACAGUAUCUCCUCAAUACUGUCCAUCCUUCACAGAGCUAGCUACAGUAUCUCCUCAAUACUGUCCAUCCUUCACAGAGCUAGCUACAGUAUCUCCUCAAUACUGUCCAUCCUUCACAGAGCUAGCUACAGUAGCUCCUCAAUACUGUCCAUCCUUCACAGAGCUAGCUACAGUAACUCCUCAAUACUGUCCAUCCUUCACAGAGCUAGCUACAGUAUCUCCUCAAUACUGUUCCAUCCUUCACAGAGCUAGCUACAGUAUCUCCUCAACACUGUUAUCCUUCACAGAGCUAGCUACAGUAUCUCCUCAAUACUGUUCCAUCCUUCACAGAGCUAGCUACAGUAUCUCCUCAAUACUGUCCAUCCUUCACAGAGCUAGCUACAGUAUCUCCUCAAUACUGUUCAUCCUUCACAGAGCUAGCUACAGUAUCUCCUCAAUACUGUUCAUCCUUCACAGAGCUAGCUACAGUAUCUCCUCAAUACUGUUCAUCCUUCACAGAGCUAGCUACAGUAUCUCCUCAAUACUGUCAUCCUUCACAGAGCUAGUACAGUAGCUCCUCAAUACUGUCCAUCCUCACAGAGCUAGCUACAGUAUCUCCGCAAUACUGUUCAUCCUUCACAGAGCUAGCUACAGUAUCUCCUCAAUACUGUCCAUCCUUCACAGAGCUAGCUACAGUAUCUCCUCAACACUGUUUAUCCUUCACAGAGCUAGCUACAGUAUCUCCUCAAUACUGUCCAUCCUUCACAGAGCUAGCUACAGUAUCUCCUCAACACUGUUUAUCCUUCACAGAGCUAGCUACAGUAUCUCCUCAAUACUGUCCAUCCUUCACAGAGCUAGCUACAGUAUCUCCUCAAUACUGUCCAUCCUUCACAGAGCUAGCUACAGUAUCUCCGCAAUACUGUUCAUCCUUCACAGAGCUAGCUACAGUAUCUCCUCAAUACUGUCCAUCCUUCACAGAGCUAGCUACAGUAUCUCCUCAAUACUGUUCAUUCUUCACAGAGCUAGCUACAGUAGCUCCUCAAUACUGUUCAUCCUUCACAGAGCUAGCUACCGUAGCUCCUCAAUACUGUUCAUCCUUCACAGAGCUAGCUACAGUAUCUCCUCAAUACUGUUCAUCCUUCACAGAGCUAGCUACAGUAUCUCCUCAAUACUGUCCAUCCUUCACAGAGCUAGCUACAGUAGCUCCUCAAUACUGUCCAUCCUUCACAGAGCUAGCUACAGUAGCUCCUCAAUACUGUUCAUCCUUCACAGAGCUAGCUACAGUAUCUCCUCAAUACUGUUCAUCCUUCACAGAGCUAGCUACAGUAUCUCCUCAAUACUGUCCAUCCUUCACAGAGCUAGCUACAGUAUCUCCUCAAUAUUGCAUUGUGAGUCGGUCUGCCUGUGGCCUUGAGCAGUGAGGCAGAACACUCAUUAAAGGCAGUAUCUGAUGCCUCUCUCUAGUCUCUCUACGUGGUGGAUAUAAAAAUAGGGGUCAGCCUCUUCUCAGAGAUCGUUUUGUCCUCUUGAAGCAACAGACUGAAUAAAUGGAGUUACGGGAUAGCCUCUUUAGCCUCGUUUGUAAGUUACUUGGAUGAUAAAAUAGGGUCGCCUUCUUUUUCCAGAGACUCGUUUGUCUCCCGUCUUCUUCUCUCUGCGUGAUAAUUGAGUUGACUGGAGUAGGUCGUAGGCUUUGUUUUAUAUCUACUGUAGGGCUGUGGGAAUAAAAGUGUUACUCUCUAUGAUUUCGUUCUGUUCUCUCUCUCAUUUGUCUUACUCUACUGUCUCUCUGUUAUCUCUGUCUAUUCUCUUCUCUCUAUACUUGCUCUGUCUUCUCUAGUCUCUUCUCUUCUUCUCUCUCUCUCUCUCUCUAUUCUCUGUUGUCUCUUAUCUUCUACUUCUCUCUCUCUCUCUCUCUCUGUUUGUCUCUCCUCUCUCUCUCUCUUCUCCUCUUCUCUCUUCUUUACUCUUCUCUCUCUCUUUCUCUUCUCUCUCUUCUCUCUUCUCUCUUCUUCUCUGUCUCUCUCCUCUCUUCUCUCUCUCUGUUCUCUCUCUGGUCUCUCUCACGCGCUAUCUCUCUACUCUAUGUCUCUCGCUCGUUGCUACUCUAUCUCUCUCUUGUCUCUUCUCUCUGUUUCUCUCUCGCUCUCUGUCUCUCUCUCUCCUCUCUCUCUCUGUCUCUCUUAUUAUCUAUGUCUCUGUCUUCUCUCUCUCUCUCUCUGUCUCUCUCUCUCUCUCUGUCUCUCUCUCUCUCUCUCUCCCUCUCCCCCCAUCACUCUUUCUGUCUCUCCUUCCGUCCUAGGGUCUGUGUCAUGUGUUGAGGAAGGAGGGAUGGAAGUUUCUGCUGGGCUACUUCCCCUGGGAGAGCACCUCGGAGGAGAGGAGGAGUCUGACCAGGAGGAAAACGUGAGAGAGCUACUCCUACUCAUUAGGAGACUGGGAGCCCUGCCAUGGUUGACACGUUAUCUCUGUCAGAUCUGCAUCAUAACAGCACUGUUGAUGAAAUACUAGGAUGUGAAACCCCACAACUCUCACGUCAUGUUGUCUUUAUGGUUGUAGAGAGAUUUUCACAAAGUUUAUGAAUCGGUAAGCUUUACAUUUACAAGUAAAUAUGACUUUGGAUUUCAGAAUGGCUAAUAAGUUUGUGUGAAAACAAACGGUGCUGUUCAGAUGGCGUUAUGAGUACGGUGUAUGAAGAGAAUACUAGUUCUCAUAGCACAGCACCAGGUUAUGUUGUAAACCAGUUUAAGGAAAGUAAAGUGGCCCCUACUAUCCUGUUUAUUUUUUUAUUUUUUAUUUUAUUUCACCUUUAUUUAACCAGGUAAGCCAGUUGAGAACAAGUUCUCAUUUACAACUGCGACCUGGCCAAGAUAAAGCCAAGCAGUGCUAUAAAAACAACAACACAGAGUUACAUAUGGGGUAAAACAAAACAUAAAGUCAAAAAUACAACAGAAAUACAUAUAUAUACAGUGUGUGCAAAUAUAGUAAGUUAUGGAGGUAAGGCAAUAAAUAGGCCAUAGUGCAAAAUAAUUACAAUUAGUAUUAACACUGGAAUGAUAGAUGUGCAAGAGAUGAUGUGCAAAUAGAGAUACUGGGGUACAAAUGAACAAAAUAAAUAACAAUAUAGGGAUGAGGUAGUUGGGUGGGCUAAUUUCAGAUGGGCUGUGUACAGGUGCAGUGAUCGGUAAGGUGCUCUGACAACUGAUGCUUAAAGUUAGUGAGGGAGAUAAGAGUCUCCAGCUUCAGAGAUUAUUAUACAUCACACAGUAAACACACCCCUAAAUGAGGUUAGGGCAUUAGGGCUGGGAAUUGUCAGGGACCUCACGAUACGAUAUUAUCACGAUACGUAUGUGCCGACUCUAUAUGUAUUACGAUACGAUAUUAUCACGAUACGUAUGUGCCGACUCUAUAUGUAUUACGAUACGAUAUUAUCACGAUACGUAUGUGCCGACUCUAUAUGUAUUACGAUUCGAUAUUGCGAUUUGAUGUUCCAAACAUAUUGCUCACUAACUGUCUGCUGCAGAGAGACCGUGAGAAAAUAAGUUUUGAUCAGUCAUGGAAAUAAGUGCUGAUAACAUGUUGGGUCACUAUUAAAAGGUCCAAUGCGGCCAUUUUUUUAUCUGAAUAUCAAAUAAUUUCUGGGAAACAAUUAAGUACCUUCCUGUGAUUUGUUUUUUAAUUAAAAGGGUCAAAAAGAAACAAAAAUAGUUUAUUCUCAAGCAAGGAUUUAGCAAGGGCUCUCUGGGAGUGGUCUGAGUGGGGAGGGGAACACUAGCUGUGAUUGGCAGAGAGGUUUGGAACGCUCUUUCUUAUUGGUCUGUUAACUAAUUUACUGCCUGGUGAUGUCACCAAGCAGGACAAAACUCCAUCCCACCAAAACAGACAGAAAUUUCAGGCGGUCUUUUCAAACAACUCUUACACUAAAAUGGCAUUAUAAUUUUCACAAUAUUAUUUCAACCUUAUAGUGUGGAAAUGUAUUUAAAAGACAGGAAAAUCACGAUUUUGACUGCACUGGGCCUUUAAAAAUAAGAUGCUAUAGGACGGAAAAUACUGGCGUUUUGCCGCAGAUAGUCGACUAGCACUAGCUAACACUAUCUAGCAAAAUAUGAAAAUAUACAUUUUUUUAAUAUUUUUUUUUACUUUGAGUCAAAGUAUCUAUAAUAUAGUCCAAAAUAAUAUUGUGAUAUGUAACUAUCAAUUUUUUCCCCGCGUCGUCUCUCUCCUUUACUUUUCUCAUUCAUUUACAUUUUAGUCAUUUAGCAGACGCUCUUAUCCAGAGCCACUUACAGUUAGUGAGUGCAUACAUUAUUAUUUUUUUUUUUAAUCUUUCCUCAACGAUGACUACUUAUUGCCUCUUCUCAUCCUCUCUUCCUCUCUUUCCUCAGGGAUGAGUACUUCCGUAUGAAGCUCCAGUGGAAGUCAGUGAGUGAGGAGCAAGAGAAACGCAACAGCAGGUUAAGAGACCACAGGAGUCUUAUAGGUAAUCACCACCAUCAUCAUCAUCAUCACUUCUAACAGAAUGUUAGUCAGGAGUCUUAUAGGUAAUCACCACCAUCAUCAUCAUCUUCUAACAGAAUGUUAGUCAGGAGUCUUAUAGGUACCGGUAAUCACCACCAUCAUCUUCUUCUAACAGAAUGUUAGUCACCAGAUAACGUGUAUUGGCAGUAUCCUAGAGGUUAGACCAGCAGCCGGAAGGCUUUCAUCACAUGUAACAUAUCCUGCCAUUGUGCCCUUGAGCAAGGCACUUAACCCCCACAAUUGCUGCUGCUGACCCUGUGCCGCUCAACGUGUGUUUGUGUAUCUGGGGGUGUUGGGGAAGCCAGAAGCCAAACGUCCAUUCAAACUGAAGGACAAUAGUUGUAUUCUAUUUGAUUCUGUUGGUCUGACAGUAGGAUGGGUAAGUGGUUUGUACAAUGGGCACUGUGGCCAACAGAUAGGAGACCUUUCCAAUAUGCUAAUGAGUCAGGCUCCUUGUUCCAGGAUCCUGUCAGCAAUUUAAACUUCCCCAGCCAGUGAAGAACAAAACUUGGCCACAUUCGGUCUGGGUUUCACCCCAAACUGCUCAGCAAAGCCAUCGAAAACAAAGUGUGACACCACUCCUGGUUUAGCAGCUUGAAGACUGAGCUGGGCCUGGAACCAAUCUGGCUCCCGUCGGAUCAACCCCAUGUUUUAUUCAAUAUUCCAUCAGCGUCGUCAGCCUGUAGAACAGAGCCCCGUGGCUACGUCCCAAAUGGCACCCUGUAGAGUGCACUACUUUUGACCAGAGCCCCUGUGUGCACUAAAUAGGGACUAGGUGGCCAUUUGGGACGUAGCCCGUGUCAGCCAGGUAAUGGGGUCUCAUCUCCUGAUUGUAGAGGAAUGAUCCAUACUGCAUCUGGCUGGCACCUCAAUGUACUUGGCAUUUCUAUUCUCUCUGUCUCUCUCUCUCUCUCUCUCUCUCUCUCUCCGUCUCUCUCCUCUCUCUCUCUCUCUCUCUCUCUCUCCCUCUCUCCUCUCUCUCUCUCUCUCCCUCUCCCUCUCCCUCUCCCUCUCUCUCUCUCUCUCUCUCUCUCUGUCUCUGUCUCUGUCUCUCUCGCUCUCUCUCUCUCCUCUCUCUCGCUCUCUCUUGCUCUCUCUCUCUCUGAGUCUCGCCCCUCUCUAUUCAAAGGAUAGAAAUUAGGCUCCGGUUGUAACAGGGUUAGGGUUGUGUGCUCUCUGUAAAUGUCAACCUGAAAUGAAUAUGGAAAUUAGCGGCGGCUGGCACGGAGCAAUGCAGAUCUACUGAAGUGCUGCUGGUUCCAUUUCUGACUUCAACUCCUGGUAGUAAACUUUUGUCUAAGGACAAUCAGGCGAGUUUGUGUGGUGAAGUCGGGGCCUGUAUUCGUAAAGGCUCUCAGAGUAGGAGUGCUGACCCAGGAUCAGGUUCCUUCUGUCCAUGUCAUCUGAUUCAUUAUGUUCUAAUAGAUCAGUACUCCUCCUACUCUGACUCUUUAUGAAUACUGGCCCUGGUGGCUGUUAGUUCCCUCUACAGAGAAAGACCCUCCUACUCUUUAUGAAUACUGGCCCUGGUGGCUGUUAGUUCCCUCUACAGAGAAAGACCCUCCUACUCUUUAUGAAUACUGGCCCUGGUGGCUGUUAGUUCCCUCUACAGAGAAAGACCCUCCUACUCUUUAUGAAUACUGGCCCUGGUGGCUGUUAGUUCCCUCUACAGAGAAAGACCCUCCUACUCUUUAUGAAUACUGGCCCUGGUGGCUGUUAGUUCCCUCUACAGAGAAAGACCCUCCUACUCUUUAUGAAUACUGGCCCUGGUGGCUGUUAGUUCCCUCUACAGAGAAAGACCCUCCUACUCUUUAUGAAUACUGGCCCUGGUGGCUGUUAGUUCCCUCUACAGAGAAAGACCCUCCUACUCUUUAUGAAUACUGGCCCUGGUGGCUGUUAGUUCCCUCUACAGAGAAAGAAGUAAACAGGACAGAUAAACAGAGUCUAAAGACAGGCCGUCAGUCCGUCCGCACGUCCGUCCGUCAGUCCGUAAGGAUGGAUUGUGUAAAUUCUGCAUCUAUAUAUUUUGUCUGUAUUUUCUGUCUAUUGUCUGUAUGUAAUUGUCUGUCUGUCUAACUCCAUAGCAGCACCGUUUCACUGAGUCAAAUCCUGUACACGCAAAAAUGUAUUUGGUGAAUAAAGAUGAUUCUGAUCCUAAGGUCCCUGACUGCGUUGAUUUCCUCCACAGAUAAAGACGUGAACAGGACAGAUCGGACCAACACGUUCUAUGAAGGAGCAGACAGCCCAGGACUGAUUCUGCUGCACGACGUCCUCAUGACCUACUGCAUGUAUGACUUUGACCUGGGUAAGACAAAGCCUGUCAUACUGCAUGUA